GGUGUCUGAAGUGUUCAAGCAUACACCGACGAAAGGAAGAGAUGGGUUUAGAAAAAUAUCUCAUCAUUUUUGUUUGUAUGCUCCAAGCAGCAUUAUGUGCAGAAGAGGAAUGGGAUAAUUGUCGGUUUAAAUCAGGAAAUUUCAAAGGAUGUCCCCAUGAAGGUAUGUGUAUACCUUUUGGAAAGGAAUGGGCUGUUCGUGGGGGAGAAGUCAUUCGAUGUGUGGGAAACAAGAAAAAGUUCUACUUGGAAGCAGUCAAGGGAGGCUUUUGUAAAGACAAUUUUGGAGGAUUUAAAGGAUGUCUAUACCAGGGUCUCUGUCAGCCAUUUGACUUUAAUUGGAAAAAUUUCGAAGGUGCAACAUUACGGUGUACGAAAGAUGAAAACAAAGGUUACAAAAUCGUUCCAAAUCUGCUGACGGAACUUGUGAAUAGAAUAGCAGAGGACGGUAACGAGAGGAGCUGUGUCAUAUUAAAAAAUUAA